CCUGCGCAAACUUGCAGGAAUCCAAACAUUCUUAAAAACCAAGCAUUAAUUGCUGUUCUUCCGGGGUGUGUUCAGUUGUCCGACGAGUUUUUUGGGUGCAUCACUCUUUUGUAGGCUUGCAACUUUAUGGAUAUUAAACGUUAGCCUACUAGAGGAGUUUAACAGCCACCGCUUCACUCCGGUUUCGCAUUUGCCAGAUUGGACACAGACAACAGGGAAAAAUAGCCACGAUUAUAGUCCAUCGACUUCAGAACAUCACUUCAGUCAGGACAAAUUUCAUUUUCGCCUUCAUGGAUGGUGAGCGCAAAUCUGACAUGUAGGAUACUUCUGUUGGCUUUAUAAUGUCAAAAUGUAUGCAUUAACUUUUUUAUAUAUGAAUCCGUAAGCAUUUUAUGAAAUAACGACAUAUUUGUUUUCAUAACCUUUUUAUAUAAACUGAGUAAAUCAUUUUUGGUGUAGGCUAAAUAUUUCGGACAAAAAAUCGAUUAAAUUACGCAAUAGGCCUAUCCUCCUAUUUUUUAAAGAUAGGUCUAAUUAGCUGACUCAUUGUUUUGUGACUUUUUACUUUCUUGUCAAUGAACUUGGUCAAUAAGUUUACGUUUUCACAAACCUAAUUUUUCACAACUCAGACGGCCAAUCACCGUAAACGCCGUUUUUUUUGGACUAUGGAGACUCCGGUUGGAUUAGGAGGAGUUUGUGACUCCCCAAACCUAGUUUUUCGCGGACCUUUCCAAAACGUUUUCCACAACGUGCAAGCACUGCCGAGUAACACGACUGUCACUGAAAGCUUGGACUUUUGUAGUUCAAAGUACAGUUUCUUGCAGAAUAAACAACCCUGGGAGAUGCGCCAAACGAGCCGGCAAUCACCCCGAAAAGAAAUAUGGUCAGAAACGGCUCGCAAUUCUGAUAUUGAAGUGAGGGAAGACGACAGCGUUUGUUUUUGCAGAACACUCGAAUCAGUGGCAUGUCGUAUCCAUUUUGCCAAAAGCUCAAAAGGGAACAAAGCCGGGUUUUCCUAUUUGAACGAAUCAGACAAUCCAAACGCGAAUGAAUACGGAUCGUGUCGCUCUGGACAGCAAGUCUCCAACACGGAACAACAGUCCUGUCAACCUUCUGUGUCCCAUCACGGAAAUGAGUUAAAUCCUAACAGUGAGGCCUGUGUGGCGAGCAGUUGCUCCAGUUCUGCCUGCAGCACCAUCUCAAAAACGGCGAGGGAGCUCUGCAACGCUGUCUCUGUGUCACUGGGAUUGACCAUGGACGCAAAUGAGAUGACUGACCUGGGACCUAGUCACGCACCAUCCAGCGUAAAUCACCAAAGUCAAGGAAACUAUUUGUUUGAGGUGCCUCUAUUGAAAUGUUCUGGAGCUGGAGAAAACGUCUCCAUAACAGAAUACCAAUGCCCCAGUGAGCGCAAUGCCAAGCCACUACAAAGUGAUAAACAACUAGUUGAGAUGUUUCAACGUUCCCCUGCAAACAACCUCACAGAAAAACUGUCGACUAUACAGCACCUUAGCUCCGGACAUCCAUCCACAGAUGAACAGGAGUUUAGACUGAAUGAAAACAGGGAUGACCCGACUUCAAAAGAAACAGAUCAUUUUUUGAAUACAGGAGCUCGCUCAGCGUCUUAUCAUUUUGACCAACUGUUGCCAGCACACUUCAGUCAAACCGAAACAGACAGAAACUCUUCUCCUGUGUUCUACAAACCCCCAGCACAUGUCGGUGAAACUGGAGAGACUAUGGAGGACAAAUAUGCUGACUACUUACAACAACAGUACAGUGUCAAGAUAAAAUCUGAGGCCUUUAAUAGGCAUAAUGAACCUGCCGGAACGUCAUGGGACUUUCAGUACAGGUAUAAUGACAAUGACAAUACACAAUAUGGACCGAGGCAGGGUAUGAAUUCAUACUUUGCGGGACCGGACACUGCGUUCAUUUGUAACCCUCAUGAAUUUGAGAGGGGUGGUGGACUUGUGCGCAGAGAACGGCCAACUCCUGAGCAGUGGUACCCGGGCGAGAUGCAAGGGAGGAUGACCUAUCCCAACUCCCCAUGCAUAAAGAAUGAGGUUGGUGACACUCUGGAUGUCUCUUACACAGAUGCCAGGUUUGAGGGUGGCAGCGACCACAUGUACCCCAUGGAGUUCUUCUUCCCGCCCCAGAGGACCUGUCUGAUCUGUGCAGAAGAGGCAUCCGGCUGCCACUAUGGAGCACUCACCUGUGGCAGCUGCAAAGUGUUCUUCAAGAGAGCUGCAGAAGGGAAACAGAAAUACCUGUGUGCCAGCAGAAAUGACUGCACCAUCGAUAAGCUGAGAAGGAAGAACUGCCCAUCAUGUCGACUGAGGAGGUGUUUUGAAGCUGGGAUGACCCUCGGAACACGUAAACUGAAGAAGAUUGUACAGCUGAAGAGUCUGGAGGAGGAUCUGCCCACCCAAGGCCCCACUGAUGCCAUCCAGGGAGUCUCUCCCCAAUCCGGCCUGAGCUUCCAUUCCCAGCUGGUGUUCCUUAACAUCUUGGAGUCCAUUGAGCCAGAGGUGGUAAAUGCAGGACAUGACCAAUGCCAGCCGGACUCAGCUGCAGCGCUGCUCACCAGCCUCAACGAACUCGGGGAGCGCCAACUUGUCAAAGUGGUCAAGUGGGCCAAAGGCUUGCCAGGUUUUCGGAAUCUGCAUGUGGAGGACCAAAUGACAGUCAUCCAGCAUUCAUGGAUGGGGGUGAUGGUGUUCGGCUUGGGAUGGAGGUCCUACAAGAAUGCCAACGGCAGAAUGCUCUAUUUCGCUCCGGACCUUGUUUUCAAUGACCAUCGGAUGCACAUCUCCAGCAUGUUCGAUCACUGCAUACGGAUGAGACACCUCUCCCAGGAGUUUGUCCUGCUGCAAGUCACUCAGGAAGAGUUCCUCUGCAUGAAGGCCCUGCUCCUCUUCAGCAUCAUUCCAGUGGACGGUCUGAAGAGUCAGAAGUACUUUGAUGAAUUGCGGCUGACCUACAUCAAUGAACUUGGUCGCGUCAUUAACUAUGGAAGGAAGUCCAACUGCUCUCAGAGGUUGUAUCAACUCACCCGUCUCAUGGAUUCCCUCCAACCGGUUGUGAGGAAACUCCAGCAGUUUACAUUUGAUCUGUUUGUCCAGGCCCAGUCUCUGCCCAACAAGGUCAACUUUCCAGAGAUGAUUGCAGAGAUAAUCUCAGUACAUUUGCCAAAGAUCCUGGCAGGCUUGGCCAAACCAAUCCUGUUCCACAAGUAGCAGGAUUUGCCAUCAUACUGAGAAAAAUCCAAUCCAAGCUGCCUCUAUAUACUUCAGCCAAGGCUCUGUAGUGUUUCCCUUGUAAUGUUCUCUCGCUCCCUUUUUUUAUGUAAUAGCUCAAUGUACCAUUUCUGAAAUCAUUGUAUCAUUACAGUAGUUUAGCCGCUUAGCAAACAUAAUUGAGAUAAUUUUCUCAGAAGGGCAGCAAGGUUUUAGCAUUUAUUUCAAGUUGCAAGGUGUCACCUUGUUGACAGCCCAAUCUGUCCUGUAUUUCAAGAAGAAAAAAAUACACAAGACUAGUAGUGUUAUGUCAAAUGUAAGAAACAGAAGAGUAUCAUCCAUUGACUAGAUGAAGACAAAACUAAACAAAAUGCAGAAACAGUUAAACAUAGCUAUGCAUAUCUCUACUUUAGGAACUUUCAUGAGAUUGUGCUAUGCAAAAAAAAUAUAUAUAUUACCAAAAGGAAUGUGAAACAGUCAUUUGCAGUAUACUCUUACAUACAGAGUCUAUCUGUAUUUACUAGCUAACUACUCAACGGUUGUAUCUGACUGACUAUGGUGUACAACAAUGCUAUUUUCAAUAUACAUAUACAAUGCAUACAUCACUACAUGUAUUGUACAGUAUUUAAAACUUUCUUGCUAGUUAUUUAGGUAGUGAACAAACAGUAAUUCUAAUGGUACGGUCAUACUUUCAUCAAUUCACCCAAAGUGACUAACUAAUUCCAGACACAAAGUGAGACAAUUGGAAUGAAUAACUUUACAGAAUAUUUUCAGUGGCAGUGGAUCUCUAUUGAGUUAUUUAAAAGUAAAUUAUAGUAUGAAAGCUUUUAAAACUUGGCUGCACAUUUAGUCUGCAUGUAGUUUCAGAUGACUCUUUUGCGUCACACAUGAUAGUACUGUGCCCAAGUUAGUUGGUCAAACUGAACAUACUCAUAAUCUAUCAAUGCUGAAAAUCCUCUAAGGUUUAACGCGGCCUGAAUAUUUGCAUUCUUUAGUUCAUCAGAACAUACAGAGGUGCAUGCGCCAUGUGUUUGUAGAUGUUAGAAUGAUUUAAUCUUUAUUGAAAACAACAGGGGCGGAUCUCUGGUUUUAGAGGUGGGGGGGACAUAGCAUGCCAAAUUCAUGUAGCCAUUUGUAACCAACAAUUGCUCUAUAAUGAGGUCCAUUAAAUGCAAACAAAUGUUCAAACCAGGGGAGAACGAAUGCCUCUUCUCGUUGAAGCCUUGAAGUUCAAGUCCGACCGUGGUACUGCAGGCAUUGUUUGAAGAAAACAGGAUCCCCCAUUAUAGUGAAUGGGAAAAUAGCAAUCUUCGUGGUCAAUCGUGUAAAAAAAUAACAAUCAUGGUGCCAAUAAUUACCUCUAUUACACCAAAUGUAUGUCCCCGAACCAAUUAUUUAAAAAAAAAAAAAUCGCCCAAGGACAAUUUAGUAGCUAAUGGCAGCCUGCAGUAUCCCAGUCAGCCUUCAACUUUAGUUACUCAAUGAGAGGGGGCAGCAUAGAGCUAGCCUGUAACGUCACUUCCUGGAGAAGCUCAAACUGCGCAUGUUAUGUACGCAUGAUACGCCAUCUUAACAGGCUUCCUUGGCUUCAAAUGCUCUAUUGAGUCUUCACAUAGGAAUGAAUGGUGUCCAUUCAUAUAGUCAUUAGUUCAAACUGAGUGACAUUUUUGUUCAGAUACCUCAACAAAAUAAAACUUUGGAUUCAAGGAUAGCACAAAACAAUAGUUUAACUCAACAAAUUCCCUGUCUUUGUUUUUAUAUGCCAACUGUGGCUUAAAUUACUUAAUAAAAUCAAAGUUUCAUACUAGAUGAAAUGCAUUAUCACAUUAAGAAUGUAAUUAUAUGCCUUUAAAAUGCUGAAAUCUUCAUGUAGAUAUCUUGAAAACAGAAAAAACUCCAGAAAGAUCCCAUUUUCAUGGUCUUCGACAUCUGAUUGAACAAAUGGUGGUAUCCUAGUGGUUAGAGCGUUGGGCCAGUAACUGACAGAUUGGAAUCUCCAAGCUGACAAGGUGAAUAAUCUGUUCAUGUGCCCUUAAGCAAGGCACUUAACCCUAAUUGCUCCUGUUAGACGCUCUGGAUAAGAACUGGUGCACCUGGCACCGACAAACGCUCAAAUUCACUUAGGUCACUCGUUUUGCCCAUCCCAACAUUAAAUCGAACAGUAACUGAAUGCCUCAAUGCCCGCCUGCCUUCUUUAUACAGCAAGCCACAGCCACGUGACUCACUGUCGGUAGGAAGAACCAUUUCAUGAAAGGGGUGAAUAAAAACUGGCCACUGAGUGUAUAUCUCUUCAAUAGCUUGUGCAUAAAGCUGUAUUUACAUUGUGACUUAAACCCUUUCUCUAUAACGCAUAUUACUGUCAAUUGACAUGUGAGAAAUAUUUGUUGUUGACGACCAUAAUUCUUAUAAAAAUGGACUGCAAUUCUCCAAGUAGCUCAAUUCAAUCAAACCCCAUUGCAAUUUUCAAACAGUAGCAUGUAUAUAAAUAUACUAUUUCCCUUACAAACAAUCGAUCAAUUGUAUUUUAUAAAGUUAUUUUUACAUUAGCAGUUGUCCAAAGUGCUAAACAAAAUGGCAAAAUGCUUUUGGUAAAAACCGCAAAUGAAGACACGUGUACAUUACAGAAGUUGUGUAAUGUACACGUUGCUCACCUGAAAAUAUGACAUUUUCUCUUCUGGAGAGACAUCGGCUAUGCCUAUAAGCAAUGACAUUGUUAAUUUGAAUGUUUAAUACAUCAGAUGACAAUUUGUUAAAACCAUGGGUACAUACUGUACAUUGAUUGGUAUUGUUUUAUUCAUUUGUUACUCAUCUUGAGAAGAAAAUAUACUCAUUACAGGGUUUUCCUUAAAAAACAUCUCAAAUCAGGCAACCCAAAUUGGAAAAUAUCUUUGAGUACGAAUUCAAAAUGUACUAUAGGGCCCUAUAAUUAUAUAUAUAUUUUUUUUGUCAAAUUCAGUUUAGUAUUUUCCCCAUUUACGUUUUCUGAUUUCAGAUUGGUUUUCAAUUUUUGUUUUGCACUGUAAAAAUUACAAUACCCACAAUACAGUUAUCAUUAGCAUCGCUAACUGGUUACACAAAGUGCGGCCACCACACAGACAGGGGCAUUCACAUGCCAUUGCUUCUUCAGAAAGUUUCAGGAAAAAAAAUAACAGAUGCAUCAUUUUCAUAUCUUGUGAGGAACUUGUGCAAAUAAACAUUUGAUUCCUAUUCUACUAAAUUCAACACACUUUUGAAUAUUGUUGAAAUCCGUUUAUGUCUGGAUUCUGUGAUGUCUGCAGAUUUUAUAGGGCCCUAAAUAUGAAGGCCAUAUAAUUGCCUUAAAAAAGCAUAGAUGUUAUACCAUAUAUUAUUUUACAGUUCAUGUAACUUUUAAAUAAUCUGUAAAGUAAAAUGAGCAGCAGUUGUGUCUACCAUACUGAGUCCACAUUACUUAACUUGAAUUCUGAGGUAAAUAGAUUUAAGGAAAUGAUCAAAGAUAAAGCUAUUUCUCUUUAUACACCCAGUAAUCAUGCAAUUACUAUUUUGUUUAUCAUUAUACAUGUUUUCAACAUUUUUAGAUUGACUUGGAGAACAGGAUUGCUCUGUCAAGCAAAAAAACGAUUUUCCAUCAUUAACUUCAUUACUUUAAAAUGUACCAUGGUAGACCAACAUUGAAAUGUCCAUAUAAGCCUACAAGUAAAUGACAUCACAAAUAUAUUAAAAAGUCAAAAUGGACAUAGCUGUAUAAAUGUAUACAUUUGUAUAUUAACCUGUUUUUGUGUAAAUGGUACAAUUACUUUGUGUACAUGUUACUGACAUUUUAUGUCUGUUACAAAAUGUAAUGGCUGAACAUGCAAAGUUGCAUGACUUCUUAAAGAUAUGAGGCAAUUCUGACCAUCAAAAUGGUGUUACCGAAUCUUUUAAAGUUUGUUGUAUUUUUACAACGUCUCUUAUGUGAAGUGACUAUUAUUGAAUGAGUCUAUUUAAGAAUGACCCCCACCCGUAACCUGUAAAUUGAUUGUCCAUUUUCAGCUAUUGAUAUGAUUUGUCAGGUAGGUCUUAGUGUACAUGUUGUGUUCCUUGUUUAUUUUCCUUUGCAUAUUAUUAAAAACAAUCAAAAGUGUAAAUGUGUUUCACUUACUUUAAAAUGUACAUACGGUAGUUGUUUCAUGUCAACUUUCCUUUUAUUUUUCAUAAAUCUCUGAACCCAGAA